AUGCAAAUCUCUAUUGCUAUCAUUACCGCUGCGCUUGCUGCCUCUGUUAGCGCAGCUCCCGCCGCUGAUGCGCAGCUCGCGCAAGACAACGUUAUUGAGUCUUUUCCUAUCGAGACUGACUGGGCCAUUCCCGAGGGCGUUGAGCCAUUCUCCGCAAACGGUGGUUGCCGCUACUUCGUUCAAGAGUUCGAGGGCAAAAGCUGCACUGGAAACAGCGACCCUCAAUUCCAGGCGUCCAGCGAUGACUGCCAGGAGCUUUCUGGCAACCGUCGCGGCUCGUUCAUUAUUCGACCCAUAGGAGAUGCCUGCACCGCCGGCCAUGCCGACUUUUACAAGAAUGCCUCUCCAGCAUUCUGCUCUGGAGGCGUCAAGUUCCAUGUUGACUUCCGUGGAGCUACUUGCGUUACGCCUGCCAACAGCCACCCCUACGACUCUUUCAGAAUCCGCACUUAGAGAGCGACAAGUACGACAAGUAUUUCGCCCAACAUAUAAAGUAGAAACUAUCCAACAUAGUUCAUACAUAUAGCCUAGGUAUUUUGAGUUAGUUAGAUGGAAAUAAAUUUGUUUGCGC